CCAAGCUUCACGCCUUCCGAUCGGCAGAGCUUGGGUAGCAUAUUCACUGCUGUCUUCAAUAUGCCUUCUCCCCUCUCCCAGUCCUCACCCUCACGUGUCUUGUCUAGCCGUCGCGAUGCCGUCACAGUCCCCAUUCCAGAUUAACAUUCCCGCAACCGACCUCCUGACUUACCUCUUCCCCUCCUCCCAGCCCGCAUCCGACGUGACAAUAUGGAUAGACGCCGAUGAUCCUUCCAAUGCCCUCUCCCCGCGGGACCUACUGCUAUGGGUGAAGAGAUUAGGCGCUGGACUGCAGGGUCUGGGUCUCAAGAAGCAGGAUGUGGUGCUCUUGUAUUCACACAACCACAUAUUUGUGCCUGUCGCAUAUUUAGGUAUUUCCGGAUGCGGGUGUAUAUUUAGCGGAUGCAAUCCGGCGUAUGGGGUGGAUGAGACAGUGUACCAGAUACAGAACACUGAAGCGAAGGCCAUCCUCGUUGAGCCGUCUCUCCUUCCAACACUGCUCAAGGCAGCUUCGAAGGUAAAAUUCCCCAAGGAUAGAAUAUAUCUUUUCUCCGACAAGGAAGCGGACACAUGGGAUCAUGGCGUACGCGAUUGGCGCUCAUUCCUACCGUCAGCCUCAGAAGCCCAUGCCUGGAAUUGGGUGUCACUAGAUGCACGCCAGUCGCGAACCACUAUCGCAGCACUCAAUUACAGCUCUGGCACCACAGGCCUGCCUAAGGGCGUCAUGAUUAGCCAUCAAAAUGUCAUUGCAAACGUGGAGCAGAGUAUCUAUAUGCGCAAUCUUGAGCAGCCGUACCAGCCCGAUUCUCGACCACAAGAACGCUGGCUAGGUUUCCUACCCCUGUAUCACGCGUACGGUCAACUUUGGUCUAUUGUCGCCGCGGCUCGCACACUGAGCCCAUGCUACUUCAUGCGCUCGUUCAACUAUGUCAAGUUCCUCGAGAAUAUCCAGAAGCACCGCGUCACUCAUAUUCAGACCGCACCCCCAGUCCUUGUCAUGCUCGCUAAGCGUCCAGAAACUAAAGAGUACGACCUUAGCUCCUUAAAAAACAUCCUCUGUGGCGCUGCACCCCUAUCAAAAGAACUGCAGAACGAAGUCUCCACAAAAUGCGAUCUGAAAGUUGUGCAAACGUGGGGCAUGACUGAAGUUACAUGCUCUUGCCUCCAUGUGCCUGGGGGAAGGGAUGACCGAAGCGGCAGUGUAGGCUACAUCGACCCGAAUGCAACUAUCAAGCUCAUUGAUGAUGAAGGGAAAGAAGUAAAUCCUGGUGAGAGGGGCGAGAUCCAUGUCAAGGGUCCGAAUGUGUGCUUGGGAUAUUGGCGGAAUGCCCAAGCAACACGAGAGUCCUUCGAUGAGGACGGCUUCUUAAAAACCGGCGAUAUCGCAAUCACAGACCGGAAUGGGUUGUAUUGGAUCGUUGACCGCAAGAAGGAAUUAAUCAAAGUCAAAGGAUUCCAAGUCGCACCGGCGGAACUAGAAGCUUUACUUCUAGAACACGAGCAUGUCGCAGAUGCCGCGGUCUGCGCCCUGCAACUUGAAUACGAAGAACUUCCUCGAGCAUAUAUUGUCCUCAAAUCCGAGCACAGAGAAGCAUCCACCGAGUGGGAUAUCGAGCGCUGGAUGAGCGAUCGUGUCGCAAAACACAAGCAACUAUCAGGCGGUGUCGUCUUCAUCCAAGAAGUCCCGAAAUCUCCGAGUGGGAAAAUCCAACGCAAAGUUCUACGCGAAUGGGCAAAAGAGGAUGCGCAAGGCUGGAACAAAAAGAAGGAAGGAGCGAAAUUAUAG